CUAAGCAAUUUUACAGCGAACAUUGUUUUUUAUGUCAAGCUUAAUUGGAAUUAACUAUUUUUUUUUUGUUACAGACAUACAAAAUGGGUUGUCUGUUGUUAUUCUUCUCUUUUCUACUGAUCUCAACUGUUUCUGCUCAAACCGAAACCGAACCACCGACAACGGUAACGAGUAAAGCGCCCCCCACCACUACUCUGACUUCAACCUCGACGAUCGCUUGGGAGGAAACCCUGAAUGAGGGGCAGGCCAUCCAGAAAGCACUGCAGUACUUGUUGCAACACCGCCAGCCGGACUGGGGAUGGGGAAAUGAUACACACCAUGUCAUGCUGACACUACAGUUGGCCAACAAUACCGGUAAGGAGAUAGAGCAACAAGGUCUGGAGAUGCAGCUGUCAGCCAAGCAGAUGGAAAUUGAGAUACUGCUUAUGAUGUCAAAACAUCACGAGUCGCCUCCUCCACUUGGUCGACUAGCCGCCUACACGUUGGCCCUAGGAGCGUUGUGCAAAGACCCUCGAGCGUUUUAUGGGCGAGACUUGGUGGCGGCCCUGUUGCACCGGGAGCCACCUCACGACCUCGAGUUUGCGUAUGCGACCUUAGCCGCCUGCUCCUCUGCUGCUCAUGUACGCCGCCGACAUAUAAGACGACUGUUGGACAUCGCCAAUGCUGCCGCAGACCACAGCCUAGACACUAUAUCGAUGGUGAUAUUGGCCCUACGGUGCGUGGUGCAGGACCACCGUCACCGCAGCCUGCUUCACUUCGUGCGGCGGCCCAUGGCGGGACUCGCGAGGCAACAACACCCCGACGGCAGCUUCGGACCGCUCACCACCACCGCUCUGGCUAUACAGGCUUUGGAGGACUCGGACAGCGGCCCCGGCGCGCACCAGCACUGGAGCCUGCCGGGCGCGCGGCGCUGGCUGCUGGAGCGGCAGCGGGGGGACGGCGGGUGGGGGGACGCCGCGCGCACCGCCGCCGCCGUGGCCGCGCUCACGCCCGCCUCGCUGGCCGCCGUGCGCCCGCCGCACUGCAGCGACAAGCUGCUCGACAACCGCCACGAGCCGCUAGACAGCAACGGAGGUGACGGCAGUCUGAAGUUAGCUUACCAAUCGGGGCAGACCGCCAACGACUCGGAGGCGCGGAACGUCUCCUUCACGUACACGCUGUGGCUCGGCACCAAUGUUACAGAGAACUACACCUUGCACAUGGUCGCUCCCAGAAACAUAUCGUUCUACCACGUGAUGCAAAUGGCCGCGGAACAAAACCCUAAGUUCAAGUUCGAAGCGAGCGAGUGGCCCAACGGUCACUACGUGCACACGCUCGCGACGCACAAGGAGGAGCCGAUGGGCUACCACUACUGGCUGCUGUACCGCCUGCCCGAGACGCCCGACCCCGCCGCGCCGCCCGGCAACCAGCUCGUGGCGCCCGUCGGUGUGGACGACUUACUAGUAGAAGACGGAGAACACUACCUGUUCUGGUACAAGAAGCUGUAAUUGCAUACAUUUGCCUCUUCGAACACGACUCAACUUUUAUACGUAGACUUUAAUCUUUAUACAUUUAUUUCUUCUUAGUUUCAAUCAACUAUCAAGUCAUAGUAUAUCGAAUAGUGCAUUUAAAUAUUUCAUAGAAUAUUCUAUCUUGUAAGCGACUCGUUUUUAAAAAUAGCAACUAACAUAGCACAAUGAAUAUUGUAGUUGAAAUUAAUAAAUCUUGUCGAUAUUAUUAUAUAUAAGAAGUUUAAAAAGAAGGAAUACCCGGCUUAUGCCUCAUGCAUUGAUUUUGUUUUUAUUUAAUAUAAAACGAAAGGAUACAUCAAACUAAUAAUCAUUCGAGAUUCUAAAGGAUCUUUAAUAUCAAAAUAAAAAAGUUGUCUUCUUAUCCCACUGUUGGUUUCAAUGAAUUGCAUAGCACCGCGCCUCUGUUAAAGCGUCAAACUCUGCAAUAGAAUCAAUAAUAAUGCUGAGCAACAAUAAAAGAAAAUAAAUUUUCAAUAUUCUUAAAAAGAAAUUUUCAAUAUUCUUUCAGCUACAUAAUACGCGGGUGAUGUAAUUUACAUAUAAUUAAUGCAAGCGAAGUCGCGGGAAAACAGCUAGUAAAAUAAACAUGUUUAUUGCAUAUUAUUGUUAUGAUACAUAUCGAGUUAUCAAAUUUAAAAACAUUUUUCACGGUAAUAUUCAAUCUCUAAUAGUUUCACUAAUCCCAUAGGCUUAAAAUAGUUAAAGUUACAUUAUUUUCUACUUAGCGUAAGUUUGAAAGAGCUGUUAGAUGCUAUUGCUUGGUAAUGCUAUGGAAGGUUAAUUCUUUUAGCUGAUAAUGAUACGAUAUUUAAACUCGCCGUACUCUCUACGCCAGCUCACCGCACCAGUGCAACUUCUGCGUCCAAUUCCUGUGUUGACAUAGUAUUCAGCGUGUGUACUCUUAAAAAAAUUCCAUUAAUUAUAUUUAUAUAAAGAUCUGACCCCUGAGGCUGCUAAUCAGAAUGAACCAAGCAUCGCAAGGCACGAUCUUAAACGUACGAGCUUGGUUUACGCUUACUUAAUAUCUCUUCAUUUUCUAUUUAAUCGUUAAAGGUAUCUUGACCUUCCGUCACCUAGGCACGAUCUUAAACGUACGAGCUUGAUAUACGCUAACUUAAUAUCUCUUCAUUUUCUCUUUGAUCGUGAAAGGUAUCUUGACGUCGUAACACCUGAGUAGGUAGGAAUAUACAUAUACAUAUUUCUAUGUCGUGCGUAUUGUGUUCUCUCGCGACCAAAAUCUACUUUUAAAGUAUUUUACUAUGAUAUGUAUUAUAGUAAGUACAUAUAUUAGUGGCAGGUUCUAAUAAAGUUUAUUUUUCUUUCCUGUUUGUGCAAUUCAGUAAAAUGUCACCAUUAUCUCUGAAGGGUAAUAAUCCUUUUAUUUCACUAUAAAUCUUUUUUAAGCUUUGUACAAAAAUGACAGCCAAAAAUGACGCAGGGGUGGGGAAAAAGGCAUGUACUGCAUUCAUGCUAGAGACUCAUAAGCUUUUAAUCUGAUAUAAUGGUAAAGUUUACUUAUUAAUAUGAAAUUAAUGUAAUAUUGCAUAUUGUCAAUAGUUUUUAAAUCUAAUUAAUUAUCUUAGGUGAGACUGACAAUUCGAUGUUAUGGUAGAUCGAGAAUAUGAGUGUAUACCUAACAUUUUUCAUCGUAAAUUUGUUUUUCAUUGUGACAUUCACCUACUGAAUGGUUUAAUAAAAAAUAAAAUAAAAAUAUUGUGUUAUUAUUUGUAUAUUAUGCUACCAAAAAUAAAACGCUUAGAUGUAAAGCCCGCCUAACAGUUAAAUAUUAAUUUUAAGUAAUUAUACACAAACGUAAUUAAUAAAUGUUACGUUUAUUUCCAAUGU